AUGUCGUUCAUCAAUACUGUUGUUAAUUUAAACAAUCCAGAAGACUUUUUCGAGGAAACACCAACAGUUAAAAAUUUAUAUCGAAAUUUAUCAAACAAUUCGUCAGAUUCUGAUAGUUCUACUACAUGUUUUAAGGACCAGGAAGUUUGUGUGAUCGUUCAUAAUACACAAGAAAGAAAGUGUGAACCACAGCUUUUAUCUUCACAUCAAAAUCUUAUUACUGGACUAAGUGUAUCUAAGCAGGAAAAACUUCCUAAAGAUGAUAUUGAGAGCUUCACACCUAUACUUUUACCAUCAGUUUCUUUUUCAUCAGCCUAUCAACAAACUGAAAGCGAGUUU